AUGUCUGACAUCAUUGAGCCUUCUCCAUUUCCAAAGAAAAUCUUGUUCAUGGCCAUUGGAUCCAUGGGCGAUGUUCUCCCUUUUGUAAAUCUUGGUGUUGGUUUUAGUCGUCGAGGACAUAACGUCAUAAUUGCUGCGAAUCUCAGAUUUAGGAAAUUAAUUGAAGCUAGAGGAUUCGAAUUUAGAGAAAUAAGUUGGGACAUGCAAGAUGAAUGGGAAAACACUGAUGCAGGAAAAAAAAUGGUAAAGCAUUCUGGUUCCAUUAUCUUAGGCCCUCCAGCUAUGUUUAAAUUUUUGAAUCAAGGAAUCCAAAAAGCCUACAAAGAUGCAGAAAGAGUUUUAUUAAAUAUCGAUUUCGUAAUAUUAGGGACUGGAUCAACAUAUAUGUAUCCGGAGUGCCUUGUUCGAAAUAUACCUGUUGCUUUUGUUUGUUUCUAUCCUUAUGCAAGUUCUAAGAAUUAUACUGGGGCGGUCUAUGGUCAACCAUUUAAUUCACUGCAAUGGCUUCCCUUUGGUUUAAGUGAAAAAAUAUGGAAAGCUAUUGAUGGUAUAGCUACAUAUUGGAGUUCCAUCAGCUUAUUGCCUAUUUAUAAUCAGAGACUAAAAGAACUUGGUCUUGAACGUGUUAAUAA